AUGUAUUUGAUGACAAUUUCUCGAUUUAAUGAAGUGGAAGAAACUUUGGACACUGCGACUGGAAUGAUAGCUUCUUGGACCGAUUCUGGAUUUUCUUGGGAUCCUUCUUCCUACGGUAAUGCAGAAUAUAUCAUAGUGCCACAUACCGAUGUUUGGACACCAAAGUUCGUAUUAACAAAUUCCGUUGAAACAUACGAACCAAUAGGAGGGGGUAAUGAUCUAUUUGUAACGAUAAAUUACAACGGCUCUGUUUCUAUUGCUUAUGGCGAUGUCAUGUCAUCCAAAUGUACAGCGAAUGUAUACAAGUUUCCUUUUGAUUCUCAAACAUGUUAUCUUAACUUUGUUGUAUGGGGGAUUGCAGCAAGUGACAUAAACUUGAUAGCAGAUUCUACCCCAGUUGAUCUAUCCUUCUAUACACCAAACUCUGACUGGUCACUAGAAUCAUAUAAAGGUGAAACUUUACUUUGGAAUGGAUAUUCUAAUUUUAAAAUGACUUUUACAAUAAAACGUGCACCUUUAUAUUACAAUAUAGUAGUUGCUUGUCCUACCCUUUUGUUUAGUAUACUGAAUCCACUGGUAUUUCUACUUCCGGUAGAUUCUGGAGACCGAAUAGGAUUAUCAACGACAAUUUUACUAUCAUAUGCAAUAUUUCUGACCAUGGUCCAAAUGGCUGUUCCGGCAUCCUCUAAUCCUAUGAGUCUUUUAUUAGUCAUGAUGAUAGUAACUAUAACAGUCAGUGGCAUAUGUGUUGGUGUUACGAUUUAUAUAUCAUCACUUUAUCAUAGAGAUCCUGAAUCAAAAAUGAACAAAGUUUACAAAUUCAUUGGAUCAAAGACACCAUGGAGACAAAGAUUAUCAGCUAUUCGACCAGCGUCCUAUGAUAUAGAAAUAGUACAUGUGAAAUCCGCGACAGAGGUAACCAUUACCUGGAAAGAUGUUUGCGAUGGACUAGAUAAAUACAUGAUGUGGCUCUCAUACUUGAUGGUUUUUAUUGUUAACGUAACAUACUUCAUUGUUUCUUCAGUGUGA